CAUAGAGAGGUGGGCAGAGGAUCCAAAGUGGGUUCUGUGCUGACAGCAGUGAGCUCAAUGUGGGGCUCGAACCCGUAAACUGCAAGACAUGAGCUGAAGUCAGGAGCUCAACCGACUGAGCCAACCAGGUGCCAUAGGACUUUUAAAGCCUUAAUGGACCUCUUAAGGGGAAAAGAGAAGUGAAGAAAAGCAGGAUGAAUUGGCUUUUGUAUUGUCCCAGAGUUGCACAGAAAUAUCCUAUCUGUCCAUGUACAUGGAAUCAUAAAACUGGAAAAUAUGUUAGUUAUCUACUCUAACCUCCUUUUUUACACAUGUAUGUGAAAAUGUGCUGAAGCCUAGAUAUAACAUGUUACUCUUGCUAAAACCCAGGUGUCCUUGUAUAUGAUUUAGUGUUCUGUCUCUUUCCUUAGUUCACCCAAGAUGGACUCCAAAUCUAAGAAAAGGAUAACUGGGUUUGCACUUCCAUUGAAGAACAAGACAAGGCUCACUAGUGAUCCUGGAUUGUAUGAUGUGUAGAAGAGAGUGAAAACAUUUUCCUUGCCUACUUGUAUGGUCCUUUCCUUCAGGGAAAUCUGCUUCCUUCACUCAUCAUGCCAUCCUUCAAUCAGAGCAUUUUCCACCCUGCAGUCUUCUUUCUUACUGGCAUCCCUGGCUUUGAAACUUACCAUGCCUGGCUCUCCAUCCCUUUUUGUUGUCUCUAUGCCAUUGCCAUCUCUGGGAAUGGCAUGAUCCUGUUUGUGAUCUUCACUGAGUCGAGCCUCCAUGAACCCAUGUACUAUUUCCUCUCCAUGCUAUCUUUCACGGACCUAGGACUAUGCCUUUCCACAUUGGUCACCAUGCUGGGUAUUUUCUGGUUCAAUGCUCGAGAAAUUAGUUUUGAUGCCUGCAUUGGUCAAAUGUUCUUUAUCCAUGGUUUCACAUUCAUGGAGUCCUCAGUACUCCUGGCGAUGGCCUUUGAUCGCUUCACUGCCAUCUGUAACCCACUGAGAUAUGCCACAAUCUUAACCAAUUCAAGGAUCAUCAAAGUGGGCUUUGCCAUUGUUAUUAGGGGGACAACGGCUCUAGUGCCUUUACUUCUGCUCCUAAAGCGUCUGUCUUUCUGCCAUAGCCAUGUUCUGCACCAUUCAUAUUGUUUCCACCCUGAUGUGAUGACGCUUUCAUGCACAGACACCAAGAUCAACAGUGCAUUUGGUUUGGCCAUUGUCAUAUCAACUGCUGGCCUAGACUCUGUGUUUAUCCUCCUUUCCUAUGUUCUGAUCAUCCACUCUGUGCUCAACAUGGCCUCCCCAGAGGAGCGGAAAAAGGUCUUUGGUACCUGUGUCUCACACAUAAGUGCUGUUGCCAUCUUCUACAUUCCCAUGAUCAGCUUGUCACUGGUGCAUAGAUUUGGGAAGCAAGCCCCUCCCCUUGUGCACACUCUCAUUGCCAAUGUUUAUCUGCUUAUCCCUCCUGUGAUGAAUCCCAUAAUCUACAGUGUGAAAACCAAGCAAAUUCGUAAGGCAGUGCUCAAAAUAUUCCUUUCUAAGAUGAUUUAG